AUGGAAAUAAUUAUAUCUGUGAUUCUACUAUUAGUAGGAAUAGCUAUUCUGGUUACAAUUCAUGUUUGUGUUGUGGGAAGAGCUUUCGGGGGAAGAGAUUCCGUCAACGGGGGGAAUCCGAUUCCGAUUCCGAUCGUGCGGAUUCCGAGCAUGGAUGCCGAGAGUAUAAAGGAAUUGCCGUGUUUUAACUACGAAAGAGAAGGAGAAGUCGGGAUUGUGGAUUGUGCGGUUUGCCUCGAGAGUUUCGGCGCAGGUGAAAAAUGCAGGAUUUUGCCUAAGUGUAAUCACAUUUUUCAUGCUGAGUGUAUAGAUAUGUGGCUUGUUAAAACUGGUGCUUGUCCAAUUUGUAGAACUGGUGCAAUUGCGACUACUUGUUAG